CGAGUCGCAUCUCUUGCUAGCGAAAUCCACGGAGGCUACUGAGGUUUCGAUUCUCCGGGCUUUGCUUUCUUCACGCCAGAUACAAGAUGUCCACCCACAAGAAGAAGACAAGGAAGCUUCGUGGACACGUCAGCCACGGUCAUGGACGAAUUGGUAAGCACAGAAAGCAUCCUGGUGGACGUGGUAACGCUGGAGGUAUGCACCACCACCGUAUCAACUUCGACAAGUACCAUCCAGGAUACUUUGGAAAGCUUGGUAUGAGAAAUUACCAUUUGCGCAAAAAUACCAAAUGGUGUCCAUCCUUGAACCUUGACAAGCUGUGGACCCUUGUGUCAGAACAGACCAGGUUGAAGUACAAGAACUCCACCGAUGGCAAGGCUCCGGUCAUCGAUCUUGUCAAGGCUGGAUACUACAAACUUUUGGGCAAAGGACGUCUGCCCAAACAACCGGUCAUUGUCAAGGCCAAAUUCUUUAGCAAACAAGCUGAAGACAAGAUUAAAGCUGUCGGAGGUGCCUGUGUUCUGAGUGCAUAAUCAAUAAGAUCUAUGGCUGAUGAUGACAUACUACAAUGUUGAAUGUACAACAAUCAUCCAUGUACUAUUCUUGAUAAAAAUAAAAAUAAGGUCCUAA